UGCUUCUGUAGCCUGCAUCAGGCUCCUGGAGGGCUUUUAUGACUGCGCGUCACACUCGUGUGUGUACUGGGGGAAGUGAAGGUGUGCGUGUAGAGAGAAGGAGAAAGAUCUUUCUGCUUGCCUGCUAUCUGAUUCUCUAAAAGACACCUGAUGGGGGAAGACAGAGAGCCGCUUCAUUGCGGAUUUCUAUUUAAAUGAAAGCGCUGGACUGCGGCUGCACACCGGUGGAACCGGCGCGCGCGCGACGCGUUCCCAUUUCUAAACAACAACAACAACAACAACAAAGUGUCAGACCUUUCUGUUUGUUUACACGUCAGGGAUGCAGUGAGACGCGUUGAGGGAAACCGUGAACAGCUCAGGCAGGUCAGUGAUCUCUAUUGUGCGCGUUUGGAGACUAAAUGCUAGGAGAUACGAUGACCCUGCUGUCUCUUCUGGGCCGGAUCAUGCGCUAUUUCUUACUCAGACCGGAGACGUUGUUCCUGCUGUGCCUAAGCCUGGCCUUAUGGAGCUAUUUCUUCCACACCGACGAGGUGAAGACUAUUGUGAAGUCGAGCCGCGACGCCGUGAAAAUGGUCAAGGGCAAAGUGGCCGAGAUCAUGCAGCACGAGCGGUUCGGCCUGGACCUGUCCGAGGCGGAGUUCUCCAAGAGCUGGGAGCUGAAGAGCCCCGGUGUCGCCGUGUACGCCAUCCAGGGACGCCGAGACCACAUGGAGGACCGCUUCUCCGUGCUCACCGACCCGGUCAACCGGAGCCACCCAUCUAUUUUCGGGAUUUUUGAUGGGCAUGGUGGAGAGGCAGCAGCAGAAUAUGUGAAAACUCGUCUGCCCGAGGUCCUGAAGCAGCAUCUACAGAAUUAUGAGAAAGAGAAGGAGAACAGUCUUUUAUCUUAUCGAUCCAUCCUGGAGCAGCAGAUCCUCAAUGUGGAUAAGGAGAUUCUGGAGAAGUUGUCUGCCACCUAUGAUGAAGCAGGAACAACAUGCCUGGUGGCGACGUUGUCUGAUAAGGAACUGACGGUAGCUAACGUCGGCGAUUCCCGAGGAGUUUUGUGUGAUAAAGACGGUAAUGCCAUCCCCCUAUCAUAUGAUCACAAACCGUACCAACUCAGAGAGCGCAAGAGGAUCAAGAAAGCAGGUGGCUUCAUUAGCUUCAACGGCUCGUGGCGCGUGCAAGGAAUCCUGGCAAUGUCUCGAUCUCUGGGCGACUACCCGCUCAAGAAGCUAAACGUUGUCAUCCCCGAACCUGAUGUGGUGACCUUUGACCUGGACAAACUGGAGCCCGAAUUCAUGAUCCUGGCGUCAGAUGGCCUGUGGGACGCCUUCAAUAACGAGGAGGCUGUGCAUUUCAUCCGCGAACGCCUUGAUGAGCCACAUUUCGGCGCCAAGAGCAUCGUGCUGCAGGCAUUUUACCGUGGCUGCCCAGACAACAUCACAGUCAUGGUAGUUAAAUUUAAAAAGAGUGGCACCAAAACAGCCGAGCAGUGAACCACGACGAAUAAUAUAUUCAGAAUUAUCAGUCUAUUUGAAUAUAUUAUUGGCUCAUUAUAGUACCAGUCAAAUGUUUGCAAACACUUCUAUUACUAUGAAUGAGUAAGGGUGUCCAAACUUUUGAUUGAUACGAAAGGAAAACCAUUUCAUGACUAUUUUUGGAGCAAGAACUGUUUAUUACAAUAGUGUCCAAUUAAAGUAAACUCGUAUCAUCCCGUUAUGUCAUUUUCCAAUAUCGUUUGUUUCAAAUAGCCACUGACGGAGAGGAACUUUUAAAAGAAGCCACAUCUUGUGUAAUGGAAUACCAGACUCCAUGUCACUUCCCUCCUGAAAAUUUUAGCUUAAUAUUAAUUUAUUCAUGUUCAGGCGUACUAUUCAGAAAGUACCGAAUGAUAAAAUUAGGUACCUUAGAAUGCAAGUCCAAGCUCUGGGAUAUUAAGCAGUUAAAUUAUAUCAGUAUUGCCAGGAUGAUUUUGAUGUUUCAGGAAUUAAAUCUAAUGAAAUAAAAUUUUCUUUUUUCGAUGAAAACUAAAUGACACGUAGCCUCCUGUAGAAUUUAUUCUAAUGGCAGAAAUUUAUUCUUAAGGCAAGACACAACAGGUCACAUCAGCCAGUUUUUAGAUUUGUGUAUAACUUGUGUUCAUAAGAGAGCUUCUCGUAAGCUGUCGUUAAAAAAAAAAUAAUAAUAAUAAUUGCAGCAGAAAAAAAUUUAAUUCACUGUUUGUCUGCUCAUAAACCACGUUGUAUUUUUAAAACCAUUUUCUCUUCAUGAACAUUUUAGAUUUUCAUCACUAUCCUUAAUUAGAUGCUUAUUACAGAGGAAAGUCUUAAAUAUUUGAUUAUUGUUGGAUUUAUGUUCAAUUCUCUAUUGAGAUUAUAUAAAAUGCCAUUUUAGCACUGCAUGGUACUGUAUUCUUGAUUUAAGCAAUACAAAGAUGGUUUUUGAACAAGCUUUUCUGUCAAAAAAAAUUUUUAUUUGAAAUUGGAAUAAUAACAUUUUAAUUUUGUCAAAAGACUCCAUUUUUGGAUUUUAUUAAGUUUGCAAAUUGAUGUACUUUACAUAAUUAAAAGUUCCAAUAAAAAAAUUAUUCAGCAGUGUCAUAUCAAGAACUGGUAAAGAGAAGUGUUAUAUCUGUUGUUUAUUUCACCUGUAGUGUUUUGCCUUAUAUCCUUGUGGAUCAUAUUCGAAUCGUAUUUCUAUUCGUUUGAACUAAAACUCAGCUGAUCUGAUGCCAUUUGGAAACUCGAACAGAAUAACUAUAUAGUGCAAAGUUCUUCCCAAAACGUCAUUUAAGUUUGCGAUGGCAAUUUUUUUUCCCCCGUUAUAACUUUAUCCAUUCUUUCUUUUCAAGGUCAUACAAAACCAGAUACAGAUUUCAAGCAAAGGUUUGUUUUCACUUGAUUAAGUUUAGUUUUAAAGUGUGUACACUGAGGGAACGCACAAAAUUAUUGUGAUUUGUAUAUAUCUAGUAAAAGAUAUAUAGAUAGUGAAUGCACAUGUUCUGAUCAUUAGUCUCUGUUUCACCAAAGCGCUGUUGAGUUCUCAAUUCUAAUUGUUUAAGCGGUGUUGAUUAAUUUUCUAUAACAUUCGCACCGGCUGUAAUUCAACUCACAGGUCUAUAUUAAUGUGCUUGUUUUGAUUUUUACAUAGUAACCGCUAAUUCGCAAGGACUUGUAUGGUAGAUGUUUGCUGUAAUCGAAGGCUAAUAAUAAACACUUAUAAGAGGUUUGGUAUUUAACAAAGAAUAACGUGAUCGUUGAUAUGGUGAUGUUUGCUUAAUGUUUAUAGAAGGAGACUUGAGUGUCAGUGCUUUAACAGUGUGUUAGUUUGUACCAUGGGAAAGUUGUCAGGACUGAAGGAUUUGCUCUUUUGGGUUUCUCGCUAUCCAGGCUUGUAGUACUUGAGUCCAGGACUCGAACUCGAGUCUGACUCGUGCCCUAAUUUUAAAGACUUGUGACUUGACUUGGACUCUGACUCGUACAUUAACUGCAUUCGGAUCCGUAAAUUGGAGAUGAGGACUCGGAUUUUUUCUUUACUUUUGUAACAUGCCAUAAUAAUUUGGCAUAAGAUAUUUAUAUCUGUAUUAAUUUUUGUACUGAUUUCGUGCAAGAGUGUCACACCUGCGUGCCUUGGCACGUGCAUCAGAUAAAACUCUCAGGCGCGCUCCGGACAGCACACGCGCCAAGCAGACUCUCUCGUGCGCGCUGUAAAUGGUUUCACAUAAAGGCAGCAACAGCCACCGUCAAAUGAUGCGGUUGGACUCUUGUUCUCGGACUUGACUCAAAAUUUUCUUUAAUGACUUGGACUUGACUCAGACUUGAACACUGGGGACUCGAGACUGGACUCGAACUUGAGGUUUAGUGACUAGAAUGCAACACUGUCAGCAUCAUGACAAGGUGGUUUUGUUUUGUCUUAUUGAAAAGUCAGGAGGGAAUGUCUUUAUUUCAAUGGAAAAUUGCUAUGAAAGGAAUUAAAUACUCUUGUGACAUGUUUUAUUGGAAAAUCAUCAACUUUGGAGGUGGUAACGGAAUCAUAGCCCCUGUCUGGGGGUUGUUGUUUUUUUUUAAUAAGGUGUGUGCGCUAUACAUUUUAACAACAGACAUUGCUUGCUUUGGUAAAUUUGUUUCAUUCUUUCUCUGUCGCAUCUUGUGCUUUGGCCCAAAGUGCUGAAUUAAUAAAUAAAAUAAUAGCAUAAAACUGGUUGAUAAAACAUACUAAUAUAUUCUGUUCUAGAGAUGAUGCUUCUUUGGUUCAUUUUAGUCCCUUGAUUCUGUUUCCUGAAUCCAGAUCCGAAUAACUGCAGCUGUAACACAAGUCAAAGCAAGUGUGGAAAUGAAAUUUCUCCAAUAACUUGCAUAACAUUUGUAUCCAGAAGCCAUCAAA